AACACAGACACCCACUCUGUCUUCUACUUGAUCCUGGUCUCAGAGAUAUUACAAUGUCUGCUCCUGCGAUUGCUUUACCGGCGCCUGGUCCGGCCAAGUCUCCCAAGAAGACAAGCAAGGCCAAGAAAGGUCCGACUGUGUCAAGCCUGAUACUGAAGGCUGUGGCUGCGUCCUCCGAGCGCACUGGCAUAACCCUGCCAGCCCUGAAGAAGGUCCUGGCGGCGCGAGGCUACGAUGUGAACAAGAACAAAGUCAGGCUGGCCGGUGCCAUCAGGCGCUUGGUGGCCAAGAAAGUUCUGGUCCGGAGCAAAGGCUCUCUCAAGCUGAACAAAAAGCCUCCCACACCUCGAAAGAAGAAGGUGGUGAAAAAGAAGAAGGCAACGACCAAGAAGGCUAAGAAGCCCAGCGCCAAGAAAGCAGCAGCAAAGAAGUCACCUAAAAAGAAGAAGGCAAAGAAGAGCCCCAAAAAGAAAGCCGCCAAGAAGCCAAAGGCCCCCAAGAAGGUCAAACGCAGGGUCGCCAAGGCUCCCAAGGCUGCCAAGGCUGCCAAGACCAGGACCAGGGCUGCCGCUAAGAAGUGAAUAUUCUCCCACUGAACACUAUGCGGCCCAAAGGCGUUUUUGCCGGCUUUUGACUCUGUGUGGACUAAACUGCAUUCAACUCAAGAUUCUGAGUUUGCUUUAGCUAUUUUAGUUUUUCUACAGUUGAAAAUACUGAACUUGCUGUUUGAGAACCCUUUCUCACUCUCUCUCUCUUCUGUCGUAGCCUGUAUUAGAUUGAAUAGCAACAGUUGGAAAUGUAAAAAAAAAAAUAUAAAAAAAUAACAUACAAUAAAACUAUUUUAAUUUA